CUCGACGCCAAUCCAUGGAAGCCACAAAUUGCAUGCCUCUCAAAUUCUCCCUCGCCAUGCACCAUCAAAACAGCCCCCAAGCUCCCUACGACCUUUUUUAUUAAAGAACUAUAUGGCAGUGAAAUUUGAUUAAUAGAAAAUCUUGAAAGUUCAGCAUGGAAGUGUAGUGCUGUGUGCCUCGGGUUUUCUGUGCCUGUUCUUUUAAAGAUGGGGACCUGAAAACAGAGAGGGUAAGUAACAACGUGGAUUUUCUUUUUCAGAAAAUAAAUAAAUAAAUAUAAAGCCGGAUCAUGAACUUAAAUCCAUUUGACAGAGGAGAGAUGGGAGCAGAAGCAAAAAUGACUUGGUCUCAGCUUGAUCUGAUAUCUCCAGAACUAAACUGUGUCUAACCCAAAAUCAGCCAGCAAACCCACAGCUCUGCAUGUCUGACACUUGCCCCCCCUCUAAUUUCUCCCUCACCCCUUCAUAAACCCCACCUGUCUACUACUGCUGAAACACAAAACAAGAGUAAAUUUCACCAGCAAUACAACACUCAAAGCAAGAAAGCUAGCUAGCUAGCUGGAGAAAACCAACACACAAUGGGAAAUGGAGCUGCCCAUCUGCUCUUGCUGCUUGUGCUCUGUUAUGGGGUCCAAAUGGCAGUGGGGUUAUAUAGAGGGGAAAAGGAAGACUGGAGAGGAGACAGGGAUGAGACACAGAUAGAUAGGGAAGAAGAGUGGUUGUUGUUGCAAGAUUCAAAGCGUGUGGUGAAAACUGAUGCUGGGGAAAUGAUGGUGCUCAGGAAUUAUGGUGGAAGGAUUAUAGAUAGGCCUAUGCAUAUCGGGUUCAUUACGAUGGAGCCCCGAACUCUUUUUGUUCCUCAGUAUAUCGACUCCAGCUUGAUCCUCUUCAUUCGAACAGGGGAAGCCAAGGUUGGAUUGAUCUACAAAGAUGAGUUAGCAGAAAGACGAUUAAAGAUCGGGGAUAUCUAUCGAAUUCCUGCUGGCUCAGCAUUCUACUUGAUGAACGCAGAGGAGGGGCAGAGACUUCACAUCAUUUGCAGCAUCGACCCAUCUGAGAGUUUGGGAUUGGGUUUUUUCCAGUCCUUCUACAUUGGUGGGGGAACCUAUCCACCAUCCAUUCUUGCUGGUUUUGAGCUAGAAACCCUUUCAGCUGCCUUCAAUGUGACAGCAGAUGAAGUAAGGGAAAUCAUGACCAGGCAACAAGAGGGUCCGAUAGUUUUCAUAGGUGAUUCUAGGGCACCAAGGCCAAGCUUAUGGACAAAAUUCCUUCAACUGAAGGAGCAAGAUAGACUACAACACCUAAAAAGAAUGGUGAAAUUCCAACAACAACCCAGUCAAGGAGAGGAGCAAAGGACAUGGUCAUGGAGGAAACUCUUGAAUUCAAUAUUUGGACAGGAAAAUAAGAAAAAAGGUGAAAAAGUUGGCAAAUCCCCUGAUUCAUACAAUAUCUAUGAUAGACGGCCUGACUUUAGAAACAACUAUGGAUGGAGCAUUGCCCUUGAUGAGUCUGAUUAUCAGCCUUUGAAAUACUCUGGUAUCGGUGUCUAUCUGGUCAACCUUACUGCGGGAUCAAUGUUGGCACCUCAUGUGAACCCAACAGCAACAGAGUACGGAAUUGUUUUGAGAGGGAGCGGCAGAAUACAGAUUGUGUUUCCAAAUGGAACACAAGCGAUGGAUGCUACAGUAAAAGAAGGCGAUGUUUUCUGGGUUCCAAGAUACUUCCCCUUCUGUCAAAUUGCAGCUCGGUCAGGUCCUUUCGAGUUCUUUGGAUUCACAACUUCAGCUCGCGAGAACAGGCCACAGUUCCUGGUUGGGGCAAACUCAAUUCUUCAAACCUUGAGAAGCCCUGAGCUUGCGGCUGCUUUUGGUGUGAGUGAGGAUAGGAUUAAUCGUGUCAUCAAGGCACAGCGCGAGGCUGUUAUAUUGCCUUCAGCAAGUGCAGCGCCACCAGAUGAGGAGGAGGGGGUGGCCAAGUUCGAGAGGGUGCAGAAGGUGAUCAAGAGCUUUGUCAACCAAGUGAUUAUGGGUUUCGAUUAGAAAAGAGUGAAGUGCAGGAUAAAGUUCGAGAGGGUGCAGAAGGUGAUCAAGACUAUCUUUUGGGUAGCUUAUAUUUUCGCUUUUCUUAGUUCUUUCUGUUUGUGUUCCUUGCUUCGUUGCUUUCACUGUUUGUCUCUGAGUUGUAAAUAAGAAUAAAAUCGACUUCUCUUA